UUUUUGUGUCACAAUUUUGAUGUAGUCAAUUAUAAGUAGUUGUCUAUCACUUCCACCAUUUGCAAUUUUUAUAUUUUAUUUUGAAACUUCUGCCUCUCAGAGUUGACCAUAUCAAAAUUAUGACAUAAAAGUUUUGUUUUUAAACUAUCUCAAUUUCUUUUGAAAGUAGUAUAAGUCCAUUAAAAAAAAAAAACUAAUUGGUAUUGUGACUUGAUAAUAAAGAGUAAUCACUAUAGAACAAACACCAUAAACUUGAUAUCUAAAGUUUAAAUUCCGCCUACACAAAAAAACUAAUUAAUAUUUUGGCAUAAUGAUAAAUAUCAGUCAUCACAAGUUAAAUAUAUAAAUAAAAUUAUAUAAGUCCAUAUAUUUUCCGAGUCCCGAUGGAAUCAUUAGAAAUAGAGGAAGAGCAUAUGAUAGGCCCAGCUAAAUGCAGCUACAAGCCCACAACAACUAUAGGCCCAAACUCAAAAGCCUCAAAUUUUCAAAAUUUUGGCGCCAAAGUCUCAGAAUCAAAAUUUCCCCCCAAAAUGUAAAACCUCCAAAAUAAAAGAAAAAAGAAACAGAGAGAGAGAGAGAGAGAGAAAUGUCGUCGUCGACGACUAUGUUCAUCGCGGUUCAAUGCUGCCAAUGCUCCACAAUGCAGGUGAAGCAGCAGCAACAGAAGAAGAAGAAGAAAAUCAGCAAGUGGAGGUGCGUGGUGUGCAACCAAAUGCAGUCUGUUUGCAAAGUGUUCGCUCAGGGAUUCGUCGCCAAGGACCUCCGCGGCUUCGUCCAGUCCUUCAACAUGUCCCGCGCCAUUACCCAACCAUCCCCACUUCCACUUCCACUUCCACAAUUCCGAGAAGAAGAAGAAGAUAUUGUCCACGACGAUCGCGUUCAUAAUAACAAGAGACGAAGCAGCGAUUGGAGUCAAUUCCUUGAUCCUGUGGAAGUAGAAGAGCAGCAGGUUGAGGAAGAAAGUGAUUUUGAGCCUAAGAUUGUGACGGAGUUGCCACAGGAUUUGUUCAAGAAACAAAAACUCAAUGCCAAUGCAGACCUUCUUUACAAGCCGGUUUUCUCCAACAGAAAUUCCACCGCCAAAAAUGUCAUCUCCCCAAACAAGGACCCAAGGAGGUAUCAGCCUUUCGCCAAGGGCUCUUCACAAAGGAAUGACCGCAUGAAACAAGAUGAUGAAGGCCAGGAGCCAAGAAGGAAACCUCAGCUUCCAUUUCCAACUACCAAAGCCAAAGGGGUUUCCAAAUGGAACGACUACAUUGCGCAAGAUGAUAAUGAUAACUUGCAACUUGGAAGUGGCAGGAAUUUUGAACACCAGCUGCAUUACCAUACCUUGGAGUUCGAGACCAUAAACAAUGAUCAAAGGGUUGAAGAUGAUGUCCACCCUGAUUUCUUGUGAAGCUUGUUCCACAUUGUGCUGUGCAUCCUCCCUUCUCUCAUACGGAUGUGAAUUGCAUCCAUGUAAACACGCUAUGUUUGGAAGUUUAGAUGAAAAGAAGAGGAAAUACUUCUCUUUUUUGUUUAGAUGUUUUGAAAAUUGAAAGAGAAGAGAGGAAUAGAUACCUUAGCCUUUGAUAUACUUCAACAUUUUGUAAUGUGUAAAAAAAGGGGGAUGUAUAACAUUCUUUCCAAAAAUGAUUCCUCUUCUUUAAAAAUAAAUCAAAAAAAUCAAACAAGGGGAAUUAAAUUUAAAUCACAGCCCUCUUCACUCUCAUCUCCUUUUCUUUCAUCCAAACAUGAAUGCAAAUGAGUAUCUUUCUUAAAUUAAAGAUGAGAGAGAGAGAGAGAGAGCCCCAAAUAAAAAUAAAAAAGGACAGAGAAGGGGAGGGGUAAUAAAUACAGGAAGCAGUUAUUUUUUGAUAAUUUACAGGAGGCAGUUUUAUUCUUCCCAAUAUUUUUGUACAAAGAGAACAAAACCAUAAACAGGUUGUAUUAAUUGGGGGAAGAGGUUAUGACUGUAAGGUAUUCCAAGUUGAUUACCAUUUCAUCAAUGAACAGUGAAAACAGAAUUUCCA